AUGAGCGUGGUGCCGCGGGAGAGCGUGCAGGUGGCGGCGCACAGCAUCGGCAUCGCGAGUCUCGGCGAUGACGUGGCUGCCGCGCUGGCGCCUGACGUGGAGUACCGCAUGCGCGAGAUCAUCCAGGCACGGGCCGAAUGCGGAAGGAUGGGCCGUGGGUGGGCGGGGCAUGGGUGGGGGAGGAGGGAGUACGACGGCGCGGGUGCGGGGCGAGGUCGCGUGCGCGCAUACGCGCAGCCGUUCAUAGUCGCAGAAGAGGCGGUGAAGUGCAUGCGGCACAGCCGGCGCACCACUCUCACCACCGCUGACAUCGCGGCCGCCCUCAGCCUCAGGAACGUCGAGCCGUUGUUCGGGCUGGCAGCGGCGGACAGCGUGCGGUUCCGGCGGGCAGUGGGGCACAGCGACGUCGUCUUCCUGCACGACCCCACGCUGCCGCUCUCCCAGGUGGUGGAGGCGCGCGUGCCGUGCGCGCCGGCGGACGUGAGUGUGGCGCCGCACUGGCUGGCCGUGGACGGCACGCAGCCCGCCACGCCUGAGAACGCCCCGCCCGCAGGCAUACCAGCAGCAGCAGCGGUGAAGGCGGAGGCGGGGCGGGCAGCAGAGGGUGGCACACAGCGAGCAGCAGGAGGGGCAGGUGGGGGGGCAGGCGGGGGGGAGGUGGUGGAGGUGAAGCUGCCCGUGAAGCACGUGCUCUCCAAGGAGCUGCAGCUCUACUUCGAGCGGGUCACGGAGCUCGUGCUGCUCACUGCUCGCCCCCCUGCCCCCGCCGCCUCCUCUGUGCCCACCCCAGGCGGGCAGCAGCACAGUGUGCUGUGUCACGCGCUGCGCAGUGUGGCGGUGGAUGCGGGGCUGCAUGCUCUGCUGCCCUACUUUGUGCACUUCAUUGCUGACGAGGUGAUGCGCUCACUGGACGACUGCUUGCUGCUGGGCAGCCUCAUGCGCCUCGCCAGGGCGCUGCUGCUCAACCCGCACCUCCACAUGGAGCCAUACCUGCACCAGCUGAUGCCUGCCAUGGUGACAUGUGUGGUGGCGAAGCGCCUGGGCGAGCGGCAGCACCACGCCCACUGGCACCUCCGGGCCUUCACUGCCGCCCUGCUCGCGCUCAUCUGCCACAGGUUCGGCCGAGCCUACGCGUCGUUGCAGCCUCGGUUGACGCGCACCUUGCUGCACACGCUGCUGGACCCAAAGCGCUCGCUGCCUCAACACUUCGGCGCCAUCCGCGCUCUCACUGCGCUGGGGCCCACCGUGCUAUGCUUCUCCACUACCUGGGUUCUCCCACAUUUACUCUCCGCUGCUCACGCUGCUUUGCACUCUCCUUAG